AUGGGGGUGGUUUUGUCAAUAUUUAUUGUGUUUUUUCUUCAUGUUGUUCGCCUCGCUCAUAUAGAUUCUGGAAUACAAUUAUCGACACAAAAUUCAUAUGUAUCUGCAAUCGGGGACCCAGGAAUGAAGAACCCAAAUGCCAGAUUUGGGUUAGAAGCUUGGAAUUUCUGCAAUGAAGUAGGCAUCGAAGCACCCCAAAUGGGAAGCCCAAGAAUGGCUGAUUGUGCUGAUCUUCACUGCUCGCUUAUCACAGAUAAGAGGAGCAAGUGUGAAGUUCACCACAAGGUGAACAAAUCGGACAAUGGAUUGAAGGCUGGCGAUGCAUUUCCUGUUGGCGAGUUUAAAUCAUAUAGGGAUCCUGAUCUUUAUGCUGUGGAAAAAGAAAUUUAUCUUGGUUCUCUUUGUGAGGUCCAUGAUUUUGCCGAACCAUGGUACUUUUGGAUGAUCAUGCUGAAAAAUGGAAACUUUGACAAGAACACAACACUUUGCCCUGAGAAUGGCCGAAAAGUUACUAAGAUAGUGACAGACAGAAACUUUCCUUGUUUUGGCGAAGGAUGCAUGAAUCAACCGCUUGUGUACCAUAAUCAGUCACUGGUGGUUUAUUUUGGGGAUAAUGCGUCUUUAGUUGGGGGAUUCUAUGGAACAUAUGAUCUUGAUGCCAAUUUGAGUGCUGGUUCCGGAGAUAAUUCUUUCUUUUCUGUUUCAUGGCAGAAGAAUUUAAGCACAAAUAGUUGGAUUGUAUCGCAAAAAUUGACAACAUCAUCCAAGUAUCCUUGGCUCAUGUUGUAUCUAAGAGCAGAUGCAACAAAAGGAUUUAAUGGAGGUUAUCACUAUAGUGGACGAGGCAUCAUAAGAAAGUUACUAGAGUCUCCUAACUUUAAGGUCCAAUUGACACUUGAUGUUAAACAAGGUGGAGGGUCCAAUAGCCAAUUUUAUCUUCUUGACAUUGGAAGUUGUUGGAAAAAUAAUGGGGACCCAUGUGAUGGUGACGUUGUAACAGACGUGACUAGAUACAGUGAGAUGAUUAUUAACCCGGCAACUACAAGCUGGUGUCGUCCAGAUAAUCUGGUGUCAUGCCCACCUUACCACAUCAGUUCUACUGGCACGAUAAUACACAGAAAUGAUACAUCUCGGUUUCCGUAUUCUGCUUAUCAUCUUUACUGUGCUCCUGGAAAUGCGAACUAUCUGGAAAAACCAUUUGAUAUUUGUGAUCCAUAUAGCAACCCACAAGCACAAGAAUUGGUUCAAAUUCUGCCUCAUCCUGAGUGGGCUGUGCAUGGUUAUCCUGCAAAAAGGGGAGACGGAUGGAUUGGGGAUUCAAGGACUUGGGAGCUUGACGUUGGAACUCUAUCCGGUCGGCUAUACUUCUAUCAGGAUCCAGGAACAAAACCUGCAAAGCGUGUGUGGUCUUCUAUCAACGUUGGUACAGAAAUAUACGUUAGCCCCUCGGGGACCAAUGCUGAAUGGACUGUAAGUGAUUUUGAUAUAUUAGUUCCUAAAGAUACCCAAGAGGAUGGUCAUGGAUAUAUGUGA